UGUUCCGUAUGCAGCGAGCACAGAAAGAAGUAAGGUGAUGACGUACAGCUACCCGAUCAUUUACUCAAGACAGUCGGCAGUCUACAAGAAAACAGAAAUGCAGAUGACAAAAUGGACUGCUUUAACGUCUUGCUUCAAGUGGGAGAUCUACCUGUAUGGUCUCAUAACCAUGUUUGGCGUAAUCAUCCUGUUUCUGAUUCUGCAAAAAGUGAAUCCAAGACAUGGUGAAUUAAAGCACGGCCUACGAGUAUCUGACAUUGCGUUUCUGGGGAUAUUCAUCCCCUUACGCCAAGGUGUUGCAGCCACUCCAGACUCAUCGUCGUCAAAAGUUCUUCUUGGAUUCUGGUGGAGUUUCUGUAUCGUAAUCACCUCCGUGUACACAGGGAACCUAUUCGCAUUUCUAACUGUCACUAAGGAAUAUGUUCCAUUCAGUACGCUGGAAGAAGUGAGUCAACAGGACGAGUACGAUGUCGGAGUUUCCAGAGGGAGUUACAUAGACCUAUCAUUACAGGUGUGGUGGUAUAGCUUCACCAAUAUGUGAAUGGUACGAUCGUAUGGACUAAUCCUUGAUGGACAUGGUGACUCUUCCGUGGAGAGGAAAGUGCUUCACAGCAGAGAUGUUUACUUGGGUGAAACCAACGAGCAUAGGUAUGGUGAUGACAUAAUACCCCACGAUCUACGGAUCCUGGCUUAACUACAUGAAAGGGACACAAGUAUGAAUAGCGAAUUGUUGUGCCUUAAUAAACCACUGUUCCCCCCUGUCCCGUUCCCUGUGUCAUGUGAUCAUGUCCCCUGCCUCCAGUAAAUGUGUUCUCACUAUUCUAUAAUUACAGUCCUACAUUUGCAUUAUGAGAUCUAGUUGUUGCAACCAAGGGAACGAAGUACAUUAAGAUGAAUUGUCAAAUUAUCAAAUUAUUAUCCAGUCAUAACGUUAAACCUUUAGUUACUAUUUCUACUUAGCUACGGGUGAUGUUAUAUCGAUUGAUGCAUCUUUACACGCCGACGCAAUGUAUACGUGGAACGAUACAUUAGGAUAUGCGCCUUAUGUUAACAAAGAUUGGAAGAUAAAUACCGUUUUCUACUACACUGUCCUCCAUACCAUGACGUGAGAGUGCGUAAUUGUUAAUAGGUUUUUGCACUCAUAGACUUGGAAACUACACAAUAUGAAUUAUCGUUACGUCUGUCCCACGCUUUGCUUCUCAGAAAA